AAAAAUUAAAAAAAAAAGGUUUCACCUGACAUAAGCUUUCUUCUCUUUCCCUUGCCGUUGUUGGAACGCUCUGUGUUUCAUUCUCCAAAGGUUUUUCUUUGGAUGUGGGGAAGCUAUUCUCUUUAGGGUUUGCCGGCUGAGAGGAGACAAUUCCGAUUUGAUUAUCAUCGGAAUCUGAGUUUCUUCCGGCGACAUGGCUUCGAAUCUCCCGAUGAGCCCUGAAUUGGAACAGAUCCAUGGAGAAAUCCGUGACCAUUUCCGAGCCCUCGCGAAUGGGUUUCAGAGGUUGGAUAAGAUCAAGGAUUCAACUAGACAAAGCAAGCAACUUGAGGAACUCACUGAAAAGAUGAGAGAAUGUAAAAGGUUGGUUAAGGACUUUGACCGUGAACUCAAGGACGAGGAAGCUAGAAAUUCUCCUGAAGUGAAUAAGCAGUUGAACGAUGAGAAACAAUCUAUGAUUAAGGAACUCAACUCUUAUGUUGCACUAAGAAAAACGUAUAUGAGUACCCUUGGCAACAAGAAAGUUGAGCUUUUUGAUAUGGGAGCUGGACCCAGCGCUGAACCUACAGCUGAAGAAAAUGUUCAAGUUGCUUCAGAAAUGUCAAACCAGGAGCUUGUUGACGCUGGAAUGAAAAGAAUGGAUGAGACUGAUCAGGCCAUUGAGCGCUCUAAACAAGUUGUAGAGCAAACAAUCGAAGUUGGAACUCAAACUGCAGCUAACUUAAAGGGACAGACGGAUCAAAUGGGACGCGUAGUUAACCACUUGGACACGAUUCAGUUCUCUCUCAAGAAGGCUUCUCAACUAGUGAAAGAGAUAGGAAGACAGGUGGCUACUGAUAAAUGCAUAAUGAUGUUUCUGUUUCUCAUUGUAUGUGGUGUUGUAGCCAUUAUCGUAGUGAAGAUCGUACACCCGAAUAACAAAGACAUUAGGGACAUCCCAGGAUUAGCUCCUCCAGCGCCAUCGAGGAAGCUACUGUACUUGAGGAAUCCAGAGUACAUGCAAAGAUAAAAAUGUCUGUCUGUAUAUUUAUU